AUGCCCAUGUCGGAGAAUGCUACCACAGACGAGCUUCAUCUCAAAUACCCGCUAUUUUGCCAUGCUAUCCGCACAAUACUCACUAAAGCAAUAACGAAGCAAAGCCAGUUGAGCAAGCACUUACGAGAACAACUGGCUUCCAGGAUCAUUGUGCAGGGAGAACGGAGCAUUGACUUGCUCUUGACUGUCAUCAUUGUUGCUGUUAUCUUCGAAUAUGACCUGAUGCUCUGGUCGUCGCAGAUCGAAGAUGCGUGCGAUCACCUCAGUAAGAACAAAGAAUGUGAAGGAGACGUCAUACUGGUCGCCGCUGCGCGUCUGGCAAAGAUUGUUGUCAGCGCCGCCGAAGUAUCACGAAGAGCUUCGGAUGACCACAAUACAGCAAGGCAUGCUAUGAUGGCUAUUGACCCUCUAAUAUUGGCGCUUAACAACUUCAAAAGUUCACUCCCUAUUGAGAUUCUACAGCACUGGUUAAUUAUCGGUCUCACUCAAACCGCCCAGGUUGCCAUCUACGAUCUUGCGCUCUUAACAAAGCCUACGGAUGAGCUGUCAGUGUCGAAUCUAGCGUUCGAGCCCAGCCGCAUCGAGUACUUUAUGGAGCUUCUAGAGACCAGUAAAGCCUGUCGAGAACACGCUUGGAAUGGCGGCGUCAUAGGUCUGACGGCUCCAUCGAUGCUCGUAUUCUCGUAUUGUAUCAAGACCUUGUACAGAUUCGCCAGCCUCAAAGGAAUCCCAGACUGGAUACCACCCAUCGUCCAAUCAAGCUUCGACAUCGUGCAAUGUCUAGAGAGGUUUGCCGAGAUUGCUGAGCAGGCUAACAUGGAAUUCAAAGCCAAGACAGGCGAGGAUACUCUAUUUGCUGCAGCUGCGGAAACGCUAAGGGGUAUGGCACCAAAUUGGAAACUCCCUACGAGCGAGCACGAUGAUGCCAUGGGCAGCACAGUGGACGGAUGGAAUGACGGGUUUGGUGAUAUGGGGGUAAUGGACUUUGCGAGCGACUUCUGGAUGCCUAGCGUUUUCAAUCUUUGA